AUUUCACUUGAAAGUGGAUAUUUUCACAUAAUAUAUGCAUAUUUUGCGUGCUACAUGCUAAUGGGACAAAUGCACACUCAAAUCUCUUUUUAAAAGAAAUACACAAAACCUUGGCGAAGACGUUUACCCAUGCGUUUUUGAACAUGACCCAUGCAUUAUUUCUUCUGUACUUCAAGGUCUUGAUACGGCUGAGAACUUGUGAUACCAGAAAAAGUUUUUGUAUCAUCAUCAUCAAUGUAAUAUUCAUAAAUAUGAGUUAAAUAACUCCAUAGUUUUCUAAUGAUCUAUGAAACAUUUCCACAGCACUAUCUGGCUCCCAGAGCUAUCUUUGUGAUUUGCUGCACAAUUUUCGUGAUCAUUUUCCAACCACGAUUCAUACUCAGCCUUUGACAUUUUCGUGAAUUUCGCAUUCUUUGCAAUAUCUGCUUUUUACCAGACAGUCAAUAACUUUUUCCGUAAAAAAACCAAUUAAUGUUGUAACUCCGAAAAUCGAAGAGAAGCCUCUUUUCAUCCAAGUGCCAUCUCCGGAUACAAUAAUUCCAUCCUUAGAUAAUUGUACUUUCCGAAGUUCUUUUUCAGCAGCAGCUUUUAUAGACGCUUUAGCAACGGUUGCUGAGGCUUCUACAAUAUUAUUCAUAAUUGAAUCAAAACUUGCUUGUGCAAUACAUGAUGAUAAGUCCAUAGCACCACAAAAAGCUGCAUUGCUUUCAGUCCUUUUCGUAACAGUCGGGAAGCGAAUGUGAAGCGUCGAUUUAUCUCGUAUGCCGUGUUUAUCAAAGGUGAUGGAAAAACACUUUUGGUAUUAUCGUCACACGUUGUACAAAAUACAUUUAAUUUGAAACCAAGUCCCCGGGUACUUGCUUUUAAAAAUUUAACAUUAUCGCCACAUGUAUGACAGACCACAUGUUCUGAAAUAGCUGUAAAAACCGCAGUGAACUGUAAAAUACAGUAUGAAAACGUUGGGUCGAAUGAAACUUCAUGUAAUUUUUUUACAGACGAACUAGUAUAUUUUGUUUCACUCCCCAUCAGUCUGGCCUCUGAGGAGGCUUCCUCUUUUUCGGACAUAAACCUCGAUUAUUCUUAUUACCAACGACGUGUUAACAUUUUCAAAAAUCACAAAUAAUAAACACAACUGCUCGCUUCAAAUGAUGAAAAACAACUAACCUUCAGUUUCGUAAACCUUAGCAUACUCACUCUAAAUAUACUCUCAUAAUGUUUUAUAGAUGGCUCCAUAUAUAUAAUUUACAAUCACAAAAGAAUCGACAAGGUGAAAGGCCUCGAAAGUAACCGCCAGCUGCCUCAAACGAGGGACAGCUACCUGCGCGUAUCUAACUCUCGUCGGUCGGUCACAUUUUCUACUAUUACUUUUGAUCUAUGAGGAAUUUUAGCAAUCGGCUUUCACAGAAAUACGCCUGAAACUAUUAAGAAGAGAAUCUGUAAAAAAAAUCGAUUUUUUGAAAAUCCUGCACAUAUGUAACCCGUAAAAGUUAGCACUAUGUUUAGGUAUAUUCAAAAAAAUAUAAUUUACUUUCCCAUAUUCCCAUCAUUAAACAUAGGUACUCCAUCCAAUGCUCCAACUUUGAGUGUUACUCAACCGUACAAAAACAUUUUUCAAUACUUUUUCGAAUUCAUGUUGUUCAAUGAAAAGUCUUCCACAUGUUCCACUGCGACGGGAGUUGCGCGAACAAAAUUCCGCGCAUAAGGGCUGGUGUUAGUGCCGUGUAUAUGAUGCAAUUCAUUGGUGUACGUCCACGUGUUUGCGAGCACUUGGUCGGAUUUGCCAUAAAAGCAGACAUUGCACAGCUUUUAUGCUUUCCAACAUCCCAACCAAACCAAACCAAAAGCAGAGCUUUCUUAAAAAUUCAUCUCGGAUGUACAGUAAUGGAUCUUAAUGGAAUCAUUGAGCGAAUGAUGCCUCAAAAUUCCUCUAUAAGAAGUUUGGUACAAGCAAGCACUCGUAACAUUCUGGGCAAUUGAUCCAUGUGUGUUCUCCUCUAAAUAAGUAGAUGCAUUCAAAAUCGAUCUUUCGGAUGCAUCCAUUUCCUACUGGGAUAAGAUGAAGAAACAUACACAAAAAAAAACAUCUAAGCGACAUCUUUACACCGACGCAGCAAUACCACCUACCUACCACGUAUCUACCCGAAAGGUGCACAAUGAGAUUUCAUGCCCCUUUGCCGCUGAAGUGGUUCCUCCUGUCUUUUAGCCUCGCUAGCAAUGAUAGCUCUCCCGGAGCAUGGUCUGGAUUACUAUCAGUUUGCUUGUAUAUAAAUUAGUGCGGUGAGCACAAGUCGUCAACACUUUAAAGUGAGACGAAAUUAGGUUAACCUUAGACGAUCAGUAUUUCGUUAAUCUGGCAUCAAUCAUAAUGGCAAACUGGGCGUCUGAGGUAUUGGCAAUGACUGAUGGAAAAUUGAAAUUUUUGAAUAAAAUCUGUCAGUCUAGCUGAACUGAUGAUAAAUUGAGUGUAGUGCAGUUGUCAUUGUGUUGUUAAUCGAAAUAUGACUUCCAGAUGGUUCGGAUCUUUAAAUACAUGCAACAACAAUAGUUUUUCAUCGUCUUGUUUAUACUGAAGUUGUUAGUCCAUCAGUCCAUUUUUGGUGGAUUUACUUAUGGAAGACUGACAAAAUAUUGAUCGAAUAGGAUCAGCCUUACAUUCGGAUUUGAUUUCUCUAUACAGAACAAUGAUACUAGUUCGCCUUAGAGUACUAAUUUCGCGGAUUUUCUCCAUUUUUAGAACGUCUUCAUUGUAGCAACCGCUAAUUCAGACUAAGUACAAUUAUUAUAAAUAGCUUUAUAAAUGUGGAAUAAUAACGGUAAUAACAAAUAUUCUACGAGACUAAAGCAUUAACAAAUUUAAUUGAAUGUGAAAUAAAAAUGGAAGCAUUUGCCCUGAAAAGUUAUACAAAUUUGUCUUCAGUGGAUUCUGAAAUGAAGUAGCUGAAGGUGAAACCAAUGAGCCUGUGGUUGACCUUUCGUUAAAGUUACGUUGCUAGGUUUCAGCGAGAUCCCCCCUUUUCUAUGCUUGCAAUGUUGGUCGAUUUCGAUAUAACCAGUUAACCGUAAAACAUUACUUUUUCAAUGAACGUGGUAAUAUUACCUUAGUGUUUAUCAGUGAAAAUUAAACUGUAUAAUAAAUUACACGUCUCGUUUAUACAGGUAACAGAUUCUAAGAACUCAUCAUUAAAAAUUACGUUAUUGAAUAAUAAGGUCAAUAAAUUAACUAUUGAAUAUUUUUCAACUAAAUGAGCACGUAAUUCAGUAAACUUCCGGUUAUUCACACCAUCACACCUAGCAUAGAAUAAAGUAUUUGACUAUAAUAGGCGAACAGAAAAAUAUACAAACAACUUCAAUCUAUAAAUGUGAAAAUAAACAGUAAGAAAUUUAAUAGAUAAAUGACACUGCAAUGGCUUAUGGCCACAAAAUCAAGUUCAAGGUCCAAAUAAAAUUUACAUCGAAAAUUAUUCGUUUGGUCCAAGGAACGUUAAAAAGGAAUCCUGUAAUAAUAAAUAGAAAAUAACAUUUCUUAGAAAUGAAGUUGGGUAUCCCUCCCAAGUACCCUUUUAUCUUUGAACUCUGUGAUUUCUGUCGUAGCCCCGUAGAACUUGAAUGUGUAAACUUUAGAUGACAUAGAAUGUUUCCUUUUCGGGGAGUUUAAAUAUUUCAACUGUCUGUGCAAGUUUUCAACAAUUAAAAAAUAUGUAGUUGUAUUAUGUUUGUGGUAAUAUUUAAUCCAAAAACGGAUUUUAGUACUUGAGAAUAUAUUAUCAUAAAAAUAUUAUAUUUUGUCAUAAAAAAGUUUGACUGAUGUAAAUCGAUAAAUACUUUUUUCAUAAUUAUUUUGAAUUAUCCUUCAAAAUUGACUUCUACCACUCCAAGUAAAGUAUUGUACUUAAGACGGUAGGAAAAGCGUAUUGUUGAAAUAAAACAAUAAAUUCUAAUUACAUUUUUUGCGAUGCAGAUUUUAAUUUUUUUCAAAAAACGGAACUCUUAUUUGCAAAAAAAAAUGUAAGGAAUCGGAUAAUGAACAAGAAAGUAAUGCAAGCGCUCGUGGUAAACAGAGCAAUCCAAGUUAACUCCAAGUAAUAAAACUCCAACAUAUUCCACUCCAAUUCGAUUAAUAUUUAGUACAAAAUACCACAAAUUUUGAUUAGAAAAGAGAAAACUGAAAACAACAAUUCGCGACACCAAAGUAAAAAUGUGGCUCCCUAAUUAUAUAUUCCCUACUUAUACUAUAACAUUUGAAUUUCAAACCAAACACUUUGUGACUAACACUGCAACGAUGCGAUCUAAUUUCUAUGUCUACUCCUAAGCAAAACUGCAAUUUAUCUACUUGAAUUCAUGCUGUGAUAAGAGAGGAAUAAUUGCAUACAUAUAAGAUCAAACAAUCACCAAAGCAAACAAAUAUUAAAAAAAAAGAAAUUUGAUAUAUGAAAUUCCAGGGUAACAGCACAAUUAUAAAUCGUUCUGUAAGCUGAGGCGGUACGUGAUUUUUUGUUAUGAUUAGAAAUAAGAUACCCAUUUAUAUUUUUGCAAUUAAUUUGAUACCGCAUACAAUUGAAUUAAUUGAGUCAAAUCAUUCUUUCCGUGCAAUAAGUCCAUUCGCCCGAUUUACAAAGAUACAACCCCAUCAUCUUACAGAACAAUCUAUAACACACAAUGUAAUUAGAACGAAAUUCGUAUAGAAAAAUAGAAGAAGAUAUUUGUGAUUAAUGUUAAAACUGUUAUAUGAUUAGUUCGACAUUAGUGUUAACCUGAAUCUCCUACCCAAAAACCAGAUUUAAGUACUGUUAAUAAUAGAGAUAUAUAAUAUCCCUAAUGUUACCGAACUGCCCACUGUAUUCAAAAUACAAUAGCAAUUAAUGUUGAUGACGGAGGGAAACAGAAAAAUAAAUGGAAUGAGAGUUUGAAGUAGAUUGUAUGAAGAGAAUUGAUGCAUAUUACAAUAAAUAGCGUAAAGUAUCCAUAUGAAAUAUCAUAGAUAAAAAACAAUUUUUUUUUUGAAUAUAAAUGUCAAAGUGGUGUGUCAUGGUAAAACCAAUCAAAUAUUAUGAUAAUAUAUUUAUGUUUGUACAAAGAAAGCAUUUUAUUUUGUGGUUUUCGUUAAGAUUAUGUAUUUUGUUUGUAACUUGUAGUAUCCGUGGCUUCGCACCAUACAGAUCAUUUCGUUUGGUCUUGGGACAAACGGAGAAGAAGAUCCAUUGCUUGAAUUACAUGCUCAUUUGAAUGGGUCACUAACAACAGCGGCACUACUUGAAUUGGGUGCUCAGAAAUAUGGUUCCACAAAUGAAGAGUUAGAAAAGCUUGUUGAAAGUUUCAAAGUAAUGGGGGAAAGUUUAGAUGAAUGUUUCAAGAAAUUUAAAAUAGCCCAUGAUCUAACGAACACAAGAGAAGGACUCGCUCAUGCAACAUUGUGUGUCAUUCGAGACUUUGCAAAGGACAAUGUAGUUUACGUUGAAUUAAGGACAACUCCAAAACAAAAUGAAAAUAUGUCGAAGACAGAGUAUCUUGAAUGUGUCCUGGAAUCAAUUCGCUCUGCCCGAAAAGAAUUCCCCUACAUUAUUGUGAAGCUGCUGCCAUCCAUAGAUCGUUCACAAGGGAUCGAUUCAGCGAAAAGUACAAUGGAUGCGAUCCUCAAGUUACACAAAAAGUUCAGCGAUAUCAUUAAAGGAAUCGAUCUGAGUGGAAAUCCUAACGUAGAAAAUUUUUCAAAUUAUAAACUGAUUUUUGAAACAUUUCGAAACAUGAAUCUACCACUAUCCCUUCACUGCGGUGAGGUUGAAAAUGAAGAAGAAAUCAGGGAAAUGAUCGACUUUGGAAUGGCUCGUUGCGGUCACGGAACUUUUAUCAAAGAGUCCAAUUUGCAAAAAUUGAUAGAGAAACGUAUCCCUGUUGAGUGCUGUCUGUCGAGUAACGUUAAAUGUGGAACAGUUUCAACUUAUGAUGAUCAUCACUUCAAAUAUUUCCUUGACAAUAGUCAUCCCGUUGUGAUUUGUACCGAUGACUUCGGAGUCUUCGAUACAACACUAUCCAAGGAAUUCAUAAUCGCCCAGAAGACCUUUGGCCUUUCGAAAGAGCAGUUGUUCACUUUAUCAAAAAACGCAGUAUUGAGUUCUUUUGCAAGUGAAGAGGAGAAGCAAAGUCUGAUGCAAAUGAUAGAAAACUACUUUAUGAAGUAAGGAGUGAAUAAAUCUUUUUCUCUUAUCUGUCACUU